CCUGCACCCAGUUCCAUCCCUGUGGAUCUGCUGACGUGUCGGCUCGCUCUGCUAAUGCUCAGGCAAAACAAAGCUGCCAGCAUGGCUGCUUUUAUCUUGUAUUUAUACCUUUUAAAUCUACUUGUUGAUACAUCAUUAUCCAAAGAGACAAUAGACAAGAGGUUUUCAGACCUCAAGCGUUGCACCGACGAAGAAUGUAGCAUGUUAAUGUGUCGAGGUAAAGCUGCACAGGAUUUCUCAGGCCCUGAUUGUCGAUUUCUCAAGUUUAAAAAGGGAGAGACAAUAUAUGUUUACUAUAAACUGGCGGGAAGAAGAACAGAUGUGUGGGCUGGAAGUGUUGGUAGCAGUUUUGGCUACUUUCCAAAGGACUUACUUAAAAUUAAUCACAUAUACACUGAAAAAGAGCUAGAAAUUCCAACAGAAGAAACAGAUUUUGUAUGUUUCGAUGGUGGACUUGAUAAAUUUGAAAUUUAUGAUCUAGAUAAACUCUUGGGGUCUUAUGGAUUACUGGAAGGAACUAACACUGCAGUUCCUGAAACGUCUAGCUCUCUGCCACUGCAGCAUGAAAAAGUAGACAAAAGCACGAAGAGCCAGGCCGAGGAGAUAGAAAAAGAAAUCUCUCCUGAAGAGAGCAACAGUCAGGAAGCUGGUGGCAAUAAGACAGAGAUAAUAAAUUACGAAACCAGCAGCAGUGUUUCAGAGAAAGAAAAAAAUAAAGAUAUGGUAAUAAAGGGAUCAGCGCAAAAUGCUUUAGGUACUGAAACAUCCCAACUGGAGGAACCAAGUGAAAAAGAAAACCCUACACAUACAGUGGAAGAAAACCAAACCAUAGGUACAGAUGAAGAUUUGCCACACCCUCUAAAGGACUAUGAUGCACAUCAGAACACAGAAACAUCUUCACCAGAUGACAGUACACCAAACGAUAAUGCUGAAGAAACUAGCAUUUCUCAGGGGGAAGGCAAUUUGUCGUCCGUGCAAGAAGAUGGCUUUGAAAUAAACAAUGCAGAAGAGCAACCUAUUCCCGAAUUAAAAACCAAAAUGGAGUCCACCUUUGAUGCAGUCGUUUCAGAUGAUGAGAAAACAUGGAAAGUGACUCCUGUCUAUGAUGAUUUCAGCUUUGAAGAAAAUGAUGAAGAAAAACAUCACAAUGUAGAUAAAGAGAAUGGUGAGUCAAGUGAGGCUUCAAAUGUAACACCUUUGCUGUCCUAUUCAGAAGGUAACAUACAACCAGAGGUAGACAAUGAAGAUGAUUCUGAAGAACAGAAUCCAGAUCAACAGGAAAACCUCUUGGAAGAACAGAGUGAGAUAUAUGAAGAUCAUGCAACAGAGGAGGAAAUACCUGAAGAUAAAAGCUUGUGGACAACAUUGGGAGAUACUGUGUUUGCUAUUGUGAGUGGAGGUGAAAGAACAAAUAAGGUAACUGAUUUUGAAGAUGAUGAAGAGGAAGAGGAUGUUGAAGAUGUGUUUAACAAAGAGGAGGAGCCCAAAGAAGACCAACUAUACCUUUUGGGUUCUGAAAAAAGGGAAGACCAGGAGAACAUUCUGGAAAUGCCAGAAGCAGAAAUUGAAGACUUGGAGCAAUGGGUAACUAAUGGACAUUUGUAUUACGAAUCUCAGGUUAAAAAUGUCACUGUUUCUUCACAGAACGUAGCAGAAGUAAAAUCUGCAGUUGAUGGAGGGGAAUUCAAGUCAGGUCAAUCUGCACUGACUGCAGACCAUACCCUUACUUCAGAGUCUGCUGAAAUGUCAGAGAUGUCUUCAAAGGAAAUCAUAGAAGAUAGAGAAAAUGCACAUGAUUUUGAAAAAUCACUGCAUGAUAAACAGAAAGAAAUAUAUGUGAAAAAAGAGGAAACCUUGAAGGACAGGUCCAUGGAAGAAUCCGAUGGUUCUCAAAGAAAGAAAGACACGUCCACUCAAGCCUCUGAACAGCAUGACGAAGAAACAGAUUUAAAAGAUGAUGAUAUAGUUGACCAAAAUUGGAUGGAAGACCUUGGUGAGGAAAACAUGAGCGAAAAACUGGAAUCAAGACCGGACAAAGAAGCAACUAAAGAUGUAGAGCAAAGUGGUCCAGAAGAUUAUUUAAAAGAAAUUGAACAAGAACAGUCAGAUAAGACUGAGGCUAAAUCAAGAAAGACUGGUCAUGUUGAAAACAAGGAAUUUUUUUCAGAACAAAAGGACAAGAAGCUUGUCAAUGAAACCACAGUGGAAGAUACUGAUGAACAAAUGGAUGAUUGGAAACCAGAAUCCAGCAAUGAAACAGUGCACAAAAGUACAGACAAAUCAGAAACUGGGGAAAUCCUAGAAAAAACAGGCCACCUAAAUACAGAACAGACUAUUGAACCUGAACUUCAUAUCCCUAAUGAGGCAGAAGAAUUGGAAGAAGAAGAAGAAGAAGAAGAAGAAGAAGAAGAGGAGUUAUUAGAAGAUGAAAAUGCUAAAGUAGCUGCAGCUGCCGAUUUAGGUAUUGGGACUGUGGACAGUACUCUUAAUAACACAGAAAAUGAGCGUGGAGAAGAAAUUACUGUCGCCAGCAAAACUGAAAAGUUGGAAAUUGUCAAGAAAGUGCAAUUUGAAGUUGAGGUUGAAUCACAACAAGUAAAUAACAGUGCAUUUAAAGAAGCACACAAUGAAACAGACAUUGAUGUUCAGGACGACAUGGAAACAGGCAAAACAGAUGAUUUAGUAGGUACUGAUUCUGACACAAUAGAAAGACCUGCAGAAAAAAUAGCAAAACUAGAAAUAACUAAACCAGAAUCUGACAAUGUAGGAGCAGAAGACAACAGUGCAGGAGGUGAAGAAGCACUGAUUAGAGAGAAUUCAGAAAGGGAGCACGAUGGCUUAGAAUAUGUAGAAGCAAAUAUACCAGAGUUGAGUGAAAAGGAGAGUAUUGUAGAUCCUACAAUUGAAAUUGAAAUUCAGGAGGAGGAACAGCCAGAGUACAGUGAUGGUGUAAGACAACUUACUCUUCUCAAAGGCCUCUUUGAUGAAAAACAUGUGGAGCGUUUCUUAAAAUAUCUCACCCCCCAGCAUAUUCUCCGAGUGGAGGCCAUGUUCCAAGACUUGGAAGAUGAGCUCAAGCUUACAAGGCAGACAAGUAAGAAUAAAGAGGAUAUUGAGAAGUCUUUGGACAGGAUCUUGGAAUCUUCAGUAACCAGAAUUCUGGAUGAGAUUGAGAAGAUGGUGGAUGAAAGAGAGGUUAAGUAUGCUGAGAUGGUGGAAAUGGACAAAAAUAUGUUUGAUGAAAAAGCUGCUGUUUUUGAUGACUUCCAAGAGAUGGCAUUCCAUCUUAGGCAGAAGUACUCGACAACAAGUAACAGCACUCCACUGGCUCCGGGUGUCCAGAUUCCAGAAAGCACAGAUUCGAGUAUUGUUAGCAUUCUGGAAGCAAACCUGUCAGAAACCAACCACACUCUGAGCUUCCCCGAAACUGAAGAGAAUUCAAUGAAACAGGAGGAAAUGGAAGCACCAUUAGCCAAGAUGACUGAGAGUAAGGAUGUAGACAUAGCGUCACAUGUUGAUAUUAAGGAAGAUACUCCUUUCGAAAGAAGUUCAAUUAAGGGUAUUGAGGAAGAUGUACAGAAAAUACCUGAAACCACUACAACCAUGCCCUUGAACACAGGAUUUGGAUUUAAUAUGGAUCACUACUUAACCGGUGCUCCAGAAACAUCUGCUGUCCCUGACGACACUGUCGUCGUAGAUGGAGAUCAGCUAAACAAGGGUCUUUCUGAGUCUUGGUUUACUGCACUAUGUAGUGUUUACAAUGUGGCCAAAGAAUGUAUAGGACCUUAUUCUGAAAUAUUGGUAGCUGCCCUGCCAGAGGACUGGCAACCAGGGCCCAGUUUUUAUGGGAUGUCAUGGGAGCCGGUGAUCAUAACCUUCCUCGUGGGAUACUUGACAGUCACAAUUUUCCUCUGGAGGACCCUCCUUGCAGUAAACAAUAGGACAUACCUAUUGACAGAAAAACAACUGGGGGAAAGAAUUCAGCAGUUAGUUAAAGAAAAAUGUGAAGUUCUUGAAAAAAUAUCAGAAUUGAAACAGAAGAUUGAAGAAAGUGAACAGCAGUUAGUGGAGUCUGAGAAAACAAAAUCCUCUUCUGCCCGUGAAAAUGAAAAACUUCAGGAAACAUUUAAAGCUUUACAACAAAAUAAUGAAAACCUGAUAGAAAAGCUCAGGACACUGCAGUCUGCUGUAGAAGAAGAAAGGAAAAAGAACCUGCAUCAAGAAGAAAGAAUGUCUGACACUCAAAAGUCAUUCAAGAAGUUUCAGAGUUUAAUUAAAUCUAAGAGUGCUGAACUAUCAAAGGUACAAACUUGUGUGGAAGGGGCCAGACUAAAAGAAGCAGCAGUAAAAGCUGAACUGCAAUCUGUGUUGAAAGAAAACAACACUUUAAAAGACAGUAAAAAAAAACUAUUGAAAGAGGCCAGAAGCUGGGAAGAGCAACACAGAGAAUUUUCCGAGCAAAUUAAAACAUUCCAGAAGAGUCAGAAAGAUUUAGAAGACACUAUUGCACGUAAAGACAACGAAAUAGAGGUUUUAUCCGAUUGCAUUACUGAGUUAAGACUACUUGAAGCCGAAGCUAAAUGUGAGACUGCGGAGUUGCAGAAAGCAGAUGCCAAGUCAAAUGGAGAAACUCAAGGUAAAAAGAAUGAUGCCAUGAAGAACAAGAUAAAACAGAUGACGGACGUGUCACGGAUAAAGACAACUCUGACAAUUGUUGAAGAAGAACGUGACCGAUAUCGGGCAAAACUACUGGAUGAAGAAAAUUCCAGACACCAACUGGAAGAGCAAAUAAAAAAGCUGGAGCACGAUCAUGCUUCUUUGAACAGCAAGAAGUCCCAUCUCGAAAUUGAAUUCAAAUCCAUGCAACAGAAACUGGAGAUCAUGAAUGAGUUGUACCAACAGAAAGAGAAUGCACUCCAGCAAAAACUAACACAGGAAGAGUAUGAGCGCCGUGAAAAGGAGCAGAAACUAUCUGAAGUCGAUAGCAAGGCUGUGCAAGCAGGAGAAGAAUUAAAGAUUUACAAGCAAAGAAUUCAAGAAAUCGAGGAGGAAUUACAAAAAACAGAGCGCUCUUAUAAAAUUCAGAUUGCAUCUCAUGAAAAGAAAGCACAUGAAAACUGGCUUAAUGCACGAGCUGCUGAAAGGACUUUAGUGGAAGAGAAGAGAGAGACUUCAAACCUAAGGCAAAAACUUGUUGAAGUUAAUGACAAGCUCGCAGAAAUCCAAAGACCUUCUCUAAUUAAACCAACCCCCGGCCGCCCAGAUAGACAGAUCCCACCACCACGUAGAGGCACACUGAGCCGUGAUGACUGCUAUGGCCCAUCUCCUGUGAGUGGAGGUGACCCCUCACCCCCACCAAUGAUUGAGGGCCCUGGGCGCCCUCCUUCUGCUCCUGUGGGUAGAAGAGAACCCUUCGGUCACAUGGAUGGUCAAUUUGGUCCAAGAAGACCCCCAUCUGAAACUUCAGGACGAUUUUCUGUCCCUGAACAUGGACUUCCACCUCCAUUCAGAGCAGAUGUUGGAGUAUGUGCCCCACCAUUGAUGUCUAGUGGCCCAAGGACUUCAUCACCUAGCAUUCAGUUGGAUGGAUCGCAAAACCCUGUUGAUAUAAAUCCUGUUGAACCUCAGGCUUUCUCUUCUUGCCCUUGUCCUUCCCCACCAAAAGAACCAGAUACUAUUAACUCUAAAGCUGAAGGCCCACCAUCAUUUCCAGGGACUCCGAUCAUGAAUUCACCAGUGACUGGUCCUGCACAUCCACCACCAUCAAAAGGAUUUGCCCCUCCACCAAUGACCGGACCUCCCAAUGGAAAUGCCCCUCGGCCUUUAUCUGGGCAUCCUCUUCCUGCCCCAGGCCCUCGCUACGGACCUCCACAUCCAGUUAGAGGACCCUAUGGUCCCAAGCCAUAUGGACCUGCUCCACCAUUGAGUGUUCGUGGACCACCACACCGAGACUAUCCGCCAGGACCUCCCCCUCCAUUUGGCUUAAGGGAUUUUGCACCUGGAAUGAGAGACUUGCCCUCUGGUUUUCCACCACCACAUGGACCUCGGGACUAUCCCUUUCCACCCAAAAACAUGCCUCCUGGGACUGUUCCUCCACUAGGCAUGAGAGACUAUCCAGGCCCGCAUGCUCCACCAACACAGAUGGGUCCCAGAGACUUCAAAGCAGGCCCCCCAGUACCACCACAGAUGGGCCCAAGGGACUGUCCUCCAGGCCCUGGUUUGCCACCACAACAGAUGCAACCCAGAGACUUCUCAUCAAAUUCACAGAAUGGGCCAUAAAUUUCGCCUAAUGGUGGUAUUUUAUUCAACUAAGCAGAGCGAAAAACUGUUUCUGCUCUUUUUAUUUUUAAAUUCUGCUUUGACAAUAGUAAAAAAUAAAUUCAUUAUAACACCAAUGUCUUGUCAAAAUGUGUUUGGAAUUCAAGCAAAUGUUAAAUGAAAACUUAGGGCAACUCUGUGUGGCCUAUUACCGUGCAAUAUCAACUUAAUGAGAAUCUGGGUGUGCUUGCUUUUUUUAUAUAUAUAAUAAAUGCAGCCCCUGUAUUAUCUGGAUUUCCUGUGGAAAUACUUGUUUACUUCUUAAAAUCGCCUGCAGUUGUAUUAGCGUGCUCACACAUCACAUGUUUUAUGGUCCAUACUAUAUACUCUCAGCUGUAGCUCUGAUGACUUCACUUAAUUUAUAGGAAAAAAGUGUUACAUUGUGUACAAAAAGGCCAGGAGAGGUGUAACUCACUUUACUAUAUUUGGAGAAAAUUUAUUAAUAAAGAUGGUUAAUUACUUG